AUAAAGUAGAAAUAUCUUCCUUCUAUCAAGGUGAAAUCAACAAUCAAGCCACUUGGUUAUUCUCGAGAUACAUUUUCCACAGAAUCUAGUUGUAAGUUCAAGUGAUCUUCAAAGCCCAAUUCAAAAGCCCUGUAAACGAUCGAUUUCCGAAAUUCCCACAGUCUUCAUAUACGUCAUCGAUAGGUACUUUCCAAUCCUUCACCACAACCAUUGACAACCUCCAUCACCACAUCCACCAUUCCACCAUCUCAAAAAUCUUCCCUCCGAAAUCUCAAUAAAACCAACUAACAACCUCCCAGCUUACCUCGCUUUACCUACCCAGAAAAACCAUCAACAUGUCCUCCUCCACCCCUUCCGCCCCCGCGGCCUUCCAAAAAGGCAACACGGCCCUCAUAACAGGCGGCGCCUCCGGCAUCGGUCUCGCCCUCGCCAAACGUCUUUUGUCUUACGGCCUCCGCGUUCUCAUCGCCGACAAAGACAUCUCCUCUCUCUCCUCCCUCUCCUCCUCCCCCGACCUCCUCACUUUCGAAAUGGACGUCAGCAACCUCGAAUCCUGGACCCGUCUCAAGUCCCACAUCGACGACGUCUUUCACGGGCAACUCAACGUCCUCGCCCUCAACGCUGGUAGAUACAUUCCUACGUCAUUCAGUAACCCCGACCCGACGAACUUUUACGAAACCAUGCAGACGAAUCUAUUUGGCGUGAUUAAUGGGGUUACUACCCUUUUGCCCUUGGUUCAGGCGACUGCAAAAGAAGAUGGGAAGGGGAAGAAGGGUGCAAAGGGUGCGGUGAUUAUCACGGGAUCCAAGCAGGGAAUCACCAACCCCCCUGCGAAUCCGGCGUAUAAUGCGUCCAAGGCCGCUGUCAGGUCGCUUGCGGAGCACUUGUCGUUUGAUUUGGCCAAGGAGCAUCCGGAUGUUUCGGUGCACUUGUUGGUUCCCGGGUGGACGUUUACGGGCAUGACGGGCGCUGCUACAUCGGGAGCACAGAAGGAAAAGCCGAAGGGGGCGUGGUGGCCGGAGCAGGUGGUGGAUUACUUGGAGGAAAAGAUGAAGGAGGGUAAGUUUUAUGCGAUUUGUCCGGAUAAUGAUGUGACGGAGGACAUGGACAAGCGGAGGAUGGUGUGGGCUAUGGGGGAUGUGGUGGAGAAUCGGCCGCCGUUGACGAGGUGGAGGCCCGAGUGGAAGGAGAAGGCCGAGGAGGGGAUCAACAAGUUGGAUGUUUGAGUGUCACCAUACAUGGCAUGGAGGCUCAACGAGUGAAAGUUUCUGAGAGAAUAGUGUAUUGCUAUCAACUACAGUCCGACAGACGAAGAUGUGCCUCACCAUCAAACCUCCAAUAUCAUCGAGUGCUCUCCAAGGAAGUCUGCAGGUGAGACCAGUAGGGUUCCUGGUUAGGGUCCUCUGGUUGGGUUGAUCUUCGCCAGUCGUAUACCUCGAGAACCGUGGGGCUGUGGUUAACGCGGAGAUAAUCUGGCGGUCAUAUAGUCCAAAUAAUUUGGUCAAAUUCUACGUUCCUUACACUGUGGAAGGUGUCCAAGUCCAGAAAGGGGAUAUCAU